GGGAGGGCGCGGGCCGGAGGAGGGGCGGACCCGCCCGCUCCGCCCGCCGCGCGGAGCCGAGCCGAGCGGCCGGGGCUGGGCGCGACCCCGGCCAGCGGCGGCGCAGAAAGCAGGCGGAGGCGCGGGCCAUGCUGCGGCUGGCGCUCGCCGGGGCCCGAGCCAUCGUGGACAUGUCGUACUCCCGCCACUUCCUGGACUUCCAGGGCUCGGCCAUCCCCCGCGCCAUGCAGAAGCUGGUGGUGACCCGGCUGAGCCCCAACUUCCGCGAGGCCGUCACCCUGCGCCGGGACUGCCCGGUGCCACUCCCCGGGGACGGAGACCUCCUCGUCCGGAACCGAUUUGUUGGUGUUAAUGCAUCUGACAUAAACUAUUCAGCCGGCCGCUAUGACCCUUCAGUCAAGACCCCCUUUGACGCAGGUUUCGAAGGUGUAGGAGAGGUGGUGGCCUUGGGCCUCUCCUCCAGUGCCACAUUCACAGUUGGCCAGGCUGUGGCUUACACGGCACCUGGCUCUUUUGCCGAGUACACAGUGGUGACUGCCAGCAUGGCCAUUCCCGUGCCGGCCGUGAAACCCGAGUAUCUCACCCUCCUGGUGAGUGGUACCACGGCCUACAUCAGCCUGAAAGAGCUUGGAGAACUAUCAGAAGGGAGGAAGGUUCUGGUGACCGCAGCAGCUGGGGGGACCGGCCAGUUUGCCGUCCAGCUUGCGAAGAAGGCCAAGUGCCACGUGAUUGGAACUUGCUCUUCUGAUGAAAAGUCUGCCUUUCUGAAAUCUCUUGGCUGUGAUCGUCCCAUCAACUAUAACGGCGAGCGCGUGGGUGCUGUCCUGAAGCAGGAGUACCCCCGGGGUGUGGACGUGGUGUAUGAAUCCGUCGGGGGAGCCGUGUUUGACUUGGCUGUGGACGCCUUGGCUACCAAAGGGCGCUUGAUAGUGAUUGGGUUUGUCUCUGGCUACCAAACUCCUACCGGCCUGUCCCCUGUGAAAGCAGGAACACUACCAGCCAAACUGCUGAAGAAAUCUGCCAGCGUCCGGGGCUUCUUCUUGAACCAUUACCUGUCUAAGUAUCGAGCUGCCAUGGACCACUUGCUUAAGAUGUAUGCGAGUGGAGAGCUGGUUUGUAAGGUGGACCUUGGAGGUCUGUCUGCAGAGGGCAGGUUUACCGGCUUGGAGUCUGUCUUCCGGGCUGUCGAUUAUAUGUACAUGAGAAAAAACACUGGAAAAAUUGUUGUUGAAUUACCUCACUCUGUCAACAGUAAGCUGUAAAAACAGAACAAUGGCAUAAAUAAAAGGAGAAAGAAAAUGGACAUUUUAUGCCCCAGAAUUACUCAAAUCCAUUUAUUUUCAGUUAGUAACGGAGAUAAUAUUUUUAAAAACAAAAGUAAGUUCUAAUGAAUAGAUUUCUCUUUCUUUUUCCUUUAUUUCCGUGCUUUUUUUUUUUUUCCUCCUCCCUUGCAAAAAAAAAAAAAUGUGCUAAUAAAACUUCCCUCAGUGGCACAGAGGUAAAACCUUUACAUUCAAUUCUUUACUCAUGGACGGUCUCAUUCCAGAUUUUAUUGUCCCAGGGAACUAAAUUAAUUCCUGAUGCAAGAUCUGAUCAAAUCAGUAUGUCUUCAGCUUGAUGAGAUUUUAAAAUCGGUCUUGAAAAUAGUUCAUGAGUUCUUUGCUUUGGAAGAGUUUGGUCUGAUGCUAGUAAGUUGUUAAUAAAUGAGAGAUAUAGCAAAAGUCAGCCAUUUCUUAGAGUUCAUAUUCUCAGGAAAUGGCCCUUCUUUUUCUAUAAGUCACCAGCCAACUAUCUAAAUAGAAAUUUGGAGGGAUUCUCCCAAAACUUUGACUUUGUUAGAUUAUUAGGAAAAAAAUUAAGUGAGCACAGACCUCUUUUAAAGAAGCAUCUCUCAUUUAAUGGCUUUUAUGAGCGGUCAUCCCAGUGAGGCACGUGUAGGAUGGAAAAUUUCUCUCUUCCCUGAAGAAGAAAAUUAGUGUUGAAAACUUAUAUAGACAAAAAGCAGGUCUGGGAAAGGGAAACUGUAGAGAUUCAGGGGACUUUAAAAAUUUAAUACAGGCACGGGAAAGGAAAAAGGAUGUGCUCCAUCCACAGUGAGGGUCUGCAUAACAAAACACGGGCCAUACUGGGGAAAGCACUAGUAGGUACCUAACAGCACCCUUCAUAAGCCUAAGGAGGGUAUGUCAAAUAGCAUCGUGCAAAGUAGGGACCAAAAUGAUCUAAAAUGAUUAUGCUUCGUGUUAGAGACUUUUGGAAGGUGUGUUUCAUCUCUGAUCGUGGAAGUAGUACAGCAGCCACUGAUGUUCUCUUCCCAUUUUACUUCUCCACGUGUCCUGGUGGAAUGAGAUGCCUCUUGUCACUAUCGCCUGAUGUCACAGACACGAAAGUAACGAGUCCCGCGCCUUCCCCUCUGAAUCAAGCCUGCAGCUGAUCCGCCUUCUUCGUUCUAACCUUCAGCUCACCAAAGGCUGCUCCGGUUUUCAUCAUUAAGGUGCGAAUGCCAUCGUGCCUUUCUAAUGAAGGCAGAGCCCGCCAGAGUAUUUUUCAAAGCCUUGGGUUUCGGCGUCUCUAACAUGCUAAAUAAAUAGACACACAAUUAAAGAUGCUCCAGGAAACUUGGUGACCAUGUUUAAUUUUUCUUUCCUUCUGUCUGAGCAGCAAGGCAAUCCUACUGCUGAAGAGCUGUUAGUAUCUAUUUUACAAGAUUUACUCAUUUUCAGGUACCUAAUGUAGCUGCUAGCAUGCAUGCACAACAAUACAAUUUAUAUGGUAAAUGGGACCAAAUAAUGGCUUCACUGAAUGUUAUGGCUGCACUGAAGGGAAAUGUCACGGUAAAUAGCUACCAAAUUAUGGAUCAUGCCGAAGUGUCACAACUGCACUAAAGACAAAUAGCACUGGAGGCUAUUGCCACUGUGACGCUUUUGAGUUAUGAAGAAGGGGAGCAGCCUGAUGGGAGGCUCUUUGUGUCCUC